AGCGCCGUGGGAUGACGUCAAUGGAAUGCGUCACCGUGGAGUCUGUCAGGAGCAAGGAUGUCGCCGCCGACGCUGUUCAGCUUGCCGGAGGCGCGUAUGCGUUUCAUGAAUUCUACUCGAGAUGCACUCAAAAAUAAAACCAUUAAGCCUUUAUUGACUGCAUUCAGCCAGGUACCUGGAAGUGAAAAUGAAAAAAAGUUAACACUGGAUCAAGCUUUCCGAGUUGCUCUGGAAGAAGAAAUUAUAAAUAAAGCUUCUUGUGAAAAUGUCCUAGCUAUCAUUUCACUUGUUAUUAAUGGAGUCAUAGAAGGUAUUUGUACUGCAUCAACGCCUUUUGUGCUCUUGGGAGACGUUUUGGAUUGCCUUCCUUUGGAUCAGUGUGACAGAAUUUUCACUUUUGUGGAAAAAAACGUUACCACAUGGAAAUCAAACACAUUUUAUUCUGCGGGAAAGAAUUAUUUACUGAGAAUGUGCAAUGAUCUUUUAAGAAGACUUUCAAAAUCACAAAAUACAGUUUUUUGUGGAAGAAUUCAACUCUUUUUGGCCAGGUUAUUUCCUCUUUCAGAAAAAUCAGGGCUUAACUUGCAAAGUCAAUUUAAUUUGGAAAACAUCACAGUUUUUAAUACCAGUGAGCAAGACAGCACUCUUGGACAGAAGCAUGCAGAGGAGAGAGAGGAAGGAAUGGAAGUGGAAGAAGGUGAAAUGGGAGAUGACGAAGCUCCUACAAGUUGUUCCAUUCCAAUAGAUUAUAAUCUGUACAGAAAAUUUUGGUCACUUCAAGAUUACUUCAGAAAUCCUGUGCAGUGCUAUGAAAAAGUCUCAUGGAAAAUAUUUCUUAAGGUAUUGUGCUUAUUAUAUUUCCUUUCCAUUUUGGGGGUAUAUAAAUAUGUAUUACUUCUGAAAUUCCAAGCAAAACAAUUAUUGUUAUUUUAAGCCACUUUUUUAUAACUCAGAAGGUUGAACAUAUCCAGUAUUGCUGCCCCCUAUUUUCCCCACAACAACCAUUUGAUGUGAGUUGGGCUAUAAGAAAGGAAUUGGCCCAAAGUGACCCAACAGCUUUCAUGCCUUAAUACAGUGCCUAUGAAUUUAGAAUGUAUGGAAGGAUCAUUAAUUAAGAGUUGCAGACAACACAGUACAAAUGACUAUUUAUUUAAGGGG